AAAAAUAUUGACUGAAUAAAUCGAAAUAAAUAUGAAAUGUACCUUCUUCCCUAAGUUGACGUCUCACUGUUGGACAUUGUGGAAGGCAAUGAAGCAUUUAUGUUUAUAUUCCUAUUUAAUUAAUUUACCAAUAACUUUAUACAUAGGCUAUGUUACGUUUGCCUGAAUAAUUAAAUUCUUGCGGGCAAUUAAAAUCGAAAUCGAAUAAACCAGCUUCAUUUAGACACAUAUUUUAUAAACUUCAGUCAAACGACAAACCGUAACGUUUGGAUUAUUUUUAUUCUCGUCAAAGCAUUGUGAUGUAUACUACAAUUUUGCAUUAAAUCAAUGUUGACAGAAUAUAAUAAACGAAAUGUACUUUCGAUAUUAACACAAUAAUCAUGAUCGAUUGAUCGAUCGCGUUUAAUGAUUAUUUUUUCUUCCUUCGAACAAAUAUAAAUAGAGAGAAUGGGAGAGCUGUUAUUUAAAUAAUUUAAUCAUUUAUUUAAAAAAGCGAUGAUGUUUUCUACGUUAGCCAAAGAAUAUAUUGCCAAGAAUAAACUUUGUUUCGGUUGUUCUCAGGAUAUAGAAAAUGAUAUUCAGUGUCAAAAAAAACAGAAUUCUUUCAUAAGAAAAUCGUGUGUCGACGAUAAGCAAGAAGACAAUUUAUGGCAGUCUAUUAUUGAUGAAUAUGAGGAAAAACGAGCUCGAUAUACUGAAUGGAAAAAAAGAAAGGAAAAUUCGUCAAUCGUAGUGCCUUAUCAGGAUAGACCAUCGAAUUACUUGAAUAAAGAAAUAUUUCCUUUAUUGUUACCAGCGAUGGAGAAGAUGUUGGCUGAAGCUCAUCGAUGGAAUGUACUUAAAGUGCAGAAGUGUCGAUUUAAUGGUCUCGAUUAUUUGGCUGAAAUUUUGUGGAAUCUUAAUCCAAAAUAUCCGAAACGUAAAAUUAAAUGGCAUACGGUUUUUGAGAUACCACAAUUUAAAUUAUUAUUACGUUUACAUCCAAGGCCAAUCUUUCCAAUGUCUUGGUUAUUAACCAAAGAGGAAGCAGCUUUGUAUAUACAAAAAUACGUCCGUGGUUGGUUAGUUAGAAAAAGUGACAAUGUACAAGAAAUGAGACAAUUUUGGAAGGCCCUUGCGGAGGAGAAAGCAGAUAUUACUCAAAAUUUACUGAACAAUGAUUUAGGUAUUAUUUUACUAUUGUUGUUCCGACUUUUAAAACUGUUCUUGAUCUGUUAA